AUGGCUUUACUUGGCUUGCAAAGACAGCAUGGGAGCUAUGCUCAGACGCAACAAGAUAUUCGCGUGGAAGAUUUCUUGGAUGACAAGCUUCAGACUACUGCAGACCUCGGGCUCAUUGACGGAUUACUGGAAGACGUAAAGAGGCAGCAAUCGCUUCUGGACCAGCAAUUGCGAGAAGCCAGAAGCGAUCAUGGAAGCGCCGCAAGCGCUUCCAAAGACCAUAGACAGAGCCUCCGAUCAAAGGCGCGGAAGUUCCAGGACGUUCAAUUAGACAUAGAUUUGCGGCUGAGGAUUGUAACUCAAUCCGAAGCAAGCGAUGAUGCUGUCAAUAAAUUCGGCUCUAUUAUGCAAAGCUUGCAAAUGCUUGAUCUCGCCCAAGAGUAUAUGGCAUUGCUUGGUGAAGUCGAGCGUCUUAGCGAUGAGGCUCGGGCAAAUUUCAAGAAACUACCUCAGAACGCUUUAAAACCUUACCUUCGUUUGCAAAGUCUCAUUGCCGAUCUGCAAGCAAAACAGCCAGCCGCUGAAGGUGCAGCGCCACAUCUUGUUGACCAUGUGGAGCAGGUUACAAAUAUUCUUUGGAAGCAGAUGAAGGAAGCUUUCGCGCAGGACUUCGAGGUCACGCUGAAGAAAAUGAAAUGGCCAGGGAAAGAUCUCACGAUGGAAGGCUUGUUAGCCGACGAAUGGACAGAAGGUGUGAAGAAAUUACUAGAUCUUCAAACACCGGAACUACAAAAUAGAUAUAGAUCUGGAAUAACGCCUUCGGGAGAGCCCCUGACACUCUUACCCCUAGAAGUGAUGGCAAAACCACUGGUACUUCGUUUUAAAUAUCACUUUGAAGGAGAUCGCCCAACAAACAAGCUUGACAAGGCGAGUAUACCGCCAUCUGAUUGA